AAGCUGUUAGAAUUAAGUUAAUAUCCGAGUUUCCAAAUUUUGGUGGAGUUUUUGAAAGUUUUCCUUCUUCUGGUCAACCCAAACUUAUUCCUUUCCAAAAGAUUUUUGUUUACUUGCAAACUUUAUUAAAAAAAAAAAAAAGAGGAAAUCAGAAAUUGCCCAUUUUGUUUAGUGUUUAGUAUUUUUUUCUUCUUCUUUCCUUUAACUUUGCUAGUCACGUUUUCUUGUUUAAUCACUUGAUUCAGAAUACUUUCAUCAUCUUCUUGAGAUAUUUAAUCCUUAACUUGGUAGACAUGGCGACUGAAGAAGAAGCUGAUGAGUACAAUAUUUCUGAAGUUGAUUGGGGUGAAGAACCGGGAUACUCAUGGGAAGAUCAAAACUGUGGAGAUGGCUCUGAAGAAGACUACCAGUGUAGAGAGUCAAGUGCUGAAGAUGGAUAUGAGGAAGAACCAUGUCGUGGGGAGCUUGAUUCCAAGCCACAAGACCGCUACAAGAACCAUACCAUCAACAAGAGCUAUUCUAAACCUUGGAAAAGAGAACUACUCCAGAUGGGAGGAAGACAUGGAAAAUUAUUUUUGGGAGUACAAAGUUCCUGAACAUAAGAAGCUGUCCAUAGCCUUAGACACCCUUGUAGGAGAAGCUUACCAAUGGUGGCUUCAAGAGGAAGAAUGUCGCAUCUACUUCAAGGAACCAACCCCACACUGGGAAUAUGUCAAAGAGCUGAUGUAUGAGCAUGUCGAGAUGAGGAGAUUACCCCCUAGAACCUGUCCUAAACGUUUUGUUAAACUGAAACCGAGACAACUACAUGAGCGUGAGGUAACUUUAACUUCUCACUAUAAUUCAUAUGAUCAGUUUCGUUUGUAUAAGUUUUCAGGAAAAGGUGAAGACCCUAGAAACUAUCUUCAGUGGGAAGAGGACAUGGAAAGGUACUUCAAGUGCAACUCAAUUCCAAAAGGAGAAUACUUGUCCUAUGGUCUAGGACAGCUCACUGAAAAGGCUCAACGGUAUUGGAAAAGAGAAGAGAAGUAUAGGGAACAAUUUCAAGAGCCUCCUAUACGCACUUGGGAGCAAUUCAUAGGGGUCAUGAGGGAUAUAUUUGCAACUUACAUCCCUACACAACACGCUCAGAAGGUGUCUACAAAGAGAGUAGUACAACCCCAAGUCUUGCAGCCGGCAAACCAGAGGCAAAGCUCAAAACCAGUGCAUACACCUCAUGUAAAGCACAACCAAGGUGAGUACUCUAAAUUUUUAAAACCACCUGAGGUUAUUUGUUAUAGGUGUCAAGGCCAAGGUCAUCUUGCAAAAGAUUGCCCCACAAAACGAGCUGUGAAGAUGGCACUACGUGAAGCAAGAGAAACCAACUUGGAGGUAAGUGAUUCCUUUACUAGAAUAGAUAAAAAGUUUGAUGAUCUUAUCAACUUGAUUAAAGCUGGAUCUAAUUCUGUUUCUAGUAAUUCCAUGACUGUCUUAACACACCUGUCUAGUGCCCAAAAGGUUAAAAACAUUUCAGGUACUAACAUGGAAAUCAAGGAACAAGAACCCAACCUUGCUGCGCAAGCAAGUUCAACACUUGAAAAUUCUCAAGUCCCAACUAAUGACAAGGUGAUUUCUGAACUUAAUGUGAUUAAUCUUAACUAUCAAAACACUGGGAUGAUGCACUUGUACUCUGUCCAGAAUGUUUAUGAAGGUCGAGGUAAUGAGGAGACACGUCCAGAAGCUCAACAACAAGAGAAUAAUGAGCAAUCUAUCCUAGAGACCUCUACACCAGCUGAUCAUGCUUUAGAGGUAGCAAAUACCGAAGCUGAAUCAAUGCAAGAUAACCAGGUAAGUGAAGCUCUAAAUAUUACUCAAUACUAUUUUUUUGAAUCCUCCACUUCAAGUAUGAAACACUUGCUCUUGCCCAUAAGUGAUGAUUCAGGUAUAGGUACAAUGGAGAAGCAUCCAGAACCAAACUCACAACCUUACACCCAAGCAGUGGUCAAUGGAGAAACCAAGUGUGAAAUAGGAGAUUUCAAAAAGGAGACCACGUUCUUGCCAAGGGAAAGCAUAGACCUACCAUGGAAAGGGGUCAUAGCUUCCCUACUGAUUAAAGAAGAACCACCAUAUGGACAAUGCAUCACAAAACUGUCCAUAUACCAAGGUAAGACCCUAACUUGCUCUAUCUUGGUGCAGGUAAAUUGGUUUUGAGGACAAAACCUUUUGAAGAGGGAGGGAAUGAUGAGGACCUCAAGUCAGUAGCUGGACCACCAACUCAUGAGAUCAACCAUACAAGCUACAUUGGAGCCAGCAGCAACAUAGGUUCACUCAAAGAAGGAUAUCCGGACCCAAAUGAAUCCAAAUUGAUUCAUUUCCAAAAAUUUAUAAUAACCAAACAUAGUUUAAUUUUAAAAUCCAAAACCCGAUACCCGUAAAAAAUGAUCUUUAUUGGAACGUAUACUUGAAUGUUAAUGUCUAACUGAUUAUGUAACCAAAUAAAAACAAUUGUGUUAACCGGUUUAAAUUCUUGUCAUUAAUGGAGCCAUUUCAUUUAAACACGUGAUAUUAUUAUGGUUAAUACGUAAAAUAAAUAACAUCGAAUUGUUAUGGUAAAUAUAAUUAAUAAUGUAGUUUAGAAGAGUGAACAAGAAUGUAAAAGAUGUAAUAAAAUACUUAAAUGAAAACAAUAAAUGAACUAGUUAAAAUUAGUAAAAUAAAUAAAAAUCUGUAAAAAUCCACUUGAAAAGACAAGUAUUAUUUUGUACUUCAGUUUUAUUUUGUACUUUGAAAGCGCGGGUAUUGUUUCCUUUAAUAUAAUAUUAUAUGAAAAUAUGUAUAUUUGGGCUGUAUUUAUAGGAGAUUAUAUUUCUUAAUGUGUAAUUUUAAAUCGAGCACAACAAUUGAGAAAAUUAUCAAAGUUUUUGACAUAAUGAUAAUAGGGGAAAUUUUACUUAUACACUUUUCUUGAUACCACUUUUCAUUUAUACCACCACCACUCAAAGGACAUUUUCAUAAAUACCACAUUCAUUAAUGUGUAAAAGACUAAACUAACCUUACCUUAUCUUCAAUCUAUCGUCUCCUUCUUCUCUACCGUCGUGAUCCUUCUUCUCUCUCCGUUUGGAUCCACCGUCUCUCUCCGUCGGAUCCACCGUCCUUCUUUUCGAGAUCCAUCAUAUCUGUCCCCGUUGAGAUCCUUCUUCUCUCUUCGUUGAGAUCUGUCGUCAUCUCCGUCGAGAUCCGUACGUCGUCGUCUCCGUUGAGUUCCAUCGUCACUCUCUCUCACGUAUCUGGUGAUAAGCAAUUACGAGAAUCACGAUUCAAAACCUCAAAGAUGUUGGCUCCUCUCCACGAUUCACACUGGUAUGUUUCUAAUUUGUGUUUUUUUUUUGUUCGAUUCAAGUAAUAUUUUGGAUUUGUUCUUUCUGUUAUAAAAAAAAAGUCAACGAAGGUUGGUUUACAACAGGUCGAUCUAAGAGAAAGAGUUUCGAUAGUGAACAUUGAGUUUUCAAAAAAUUAUAAACCUUUAUAAAUCUGGGUUCAAGUAAUUUUAGGAUUUUCUUUCCUCUGUUAUUCAAAAAACAAAUAAGAUUGAUUUAGACUUGUCAUUUGAAUAGUUCUGGUUAGGAGAAAUAUUUUCGGAUAGUGAACAUUGUAUUUUAAAGAAUUAGAACCUCUUAUAAAUCUGGGUUUUAAGAUAUUGUUGAUAGUACAACUCCAUGCUUUACAAAGUUUUAUAAAGAAGUUUGUAAACAAGAGUUGAUCAUAUAUGUCUAUAAAAAACAUAUAAAUGUGUGAAUUUGAGAAGUCUUGUCUUUUAUUAUCCUAUAUUCUUUGUAAGACUGUUACCAAAAUACAUGAACAUUAUGCUUGGAUAAAGUAUCUUUAGACCAUGAUUAAAAGUUAACAUCAUCUUUUUAUUUCGUCUUGCAGUUAGAUAGCAAUGAAUUUUGCACAUCUUUGAGAUUGCGUCCGAGGAUUGAUGAAGCUAGAACAGAACCACUAGACAAUCUAAAAGUGAUUAUCCAAUCGGUGUCUUGGUCAAUAAUGUGAAGCAUUUUAUAAAAGAUUAUAAAUGUAGUUUUAUAAGGGUUUAUAAAUUAGAAGUUUGUAGAGACUUAUAAAACGUUGUUUAUUCUUUAUUACUUCUUAUGGUUAAUACAAUGCUUGGAUUUCCUGAUGAAUACAAACAUUUGGUGACCCCAACACAUCCUGAUCUUGAUGAAAUAGAUUUUAACAGUGCUGUACAAUUAGUUCAACAAAGAUAUAAAAUGAAGAAAAUUUAAUGGGAACAAGGAUUUGUAGAUAUACUUUUUGCAACAUAUGAUAUAGGAAAAUAACACAUGAAAGAAGAUAAAAAUGAAGAAAAAAGAAAGCUGAAAAGCAAAUAAGAGUUUGUAAAUCAUUUAUAAAACGGUUUGUAAAGUUUAUAAGCUAUUUAUAAAGGUUUAUAAAUUAUUUGUAAGAGUAUCUAAACCAUUUAUAAAGGUUUAUAGAACAAUUAAUAAAGUCUAUAAACCAUUUUAACUGUUUAUAAAAACAUAAUGAAAUUAUAUAAACAAUUUAUAAGGGGUAUGUAUACAAUUUAUAUGGUUUAUAGGUUUAGGAAUCAAUUAGAAAGUCUCUUAAAUAAUUUAUAAGAGUCUCGAAUAAUUAAUGAUGACUUAUAAAAAUCAUUUAUAAGAGUUUGUAAAAUAAUUUAUAAGGGUUAUAAGGAUAUAUAAAUACUUAAUAAGAGUUUAUAGAUCAUUUAUAAAAUUUUAUUUAAUUUUUUAUGAAUUUUAUAAACCUAUUAUAAAGGCUGAUAAAACAGUUUAUAAAGUAUAUAAACUAUUUAUAAAUGUUUAUUACAAAAAUUAUAAAAGUUUAUAAAUAAUUCAUAAGGGGAAUGUAUAUAAUUUAUAAGGUUUAUAUAGGUAUAUACAUGUUUAUAAAUCAAUUGGAGGUCUUUAAAUCAAUUAUAAGAGUCUAUAACCAUUUAGAAAGGCUUAUAAAACAAUUUAUAAAGUAUAUAAACUAUAUAUAAAUGUUUAUUACAAAAAUUAUAAAUGUUUAUAAAUAAUUUAUAAGGGGUAUGUAUAUAAUUAUAAGGUUUAUAUAUGCAUAUACAUGUUUAGAAAUCAAUUGGAAGUCUUUAAAUCAAUUAUAAGAGUCUAUAACCAUUUAGAAAGACUUAUUAAACAAUCUAUAAGAGUUAAUAAAAUAAUUUUAAAGUGUAUGUAAAUUAUUUUCAAGGUUUAUAUAGGUAUAUACAUGUUAAGAAAUCAACCGGAGGUCUUUAAAUCAAUUAUAAGAGUCUAUAACCAUUUAGAAAGUCUUAUUAAACAAGGUGUUAUAAAAGAAGUUCUUAAACAAGAGUUCAUCGUAUAUAUCUAUAGAACAACAUAUAAACGUGUGAACAUGAGAAGUCUUGUGUUGUGUUAUCCUAUAUUCUUUGUAAGACUGUUACCAAAAUACAUGAACAUUAUGCUUGGAUAAGGUAUCUUUACACGAUUAAAAGUUAACAUUAUCUUUUUAUUUCGUCAGGCAGUUAGAUAGCAAUGAAUUUUGCACAUCUUCGUGAUUCAUCUGAGGAUUUAUGAAGCUGGAACAGAUCCACUAGACAAUCCAAAAGUGAUUAUCCAAUCGGUGUCUUGGUCAAUAAUGUGAAGCAUUUUAUAAAAGAUUAUAAAUGUAGUUUUAUAUGGGUUUAUAAAUUUGUAAAUUAGAGAUUUGGGAGACUUAUAAAACUUGUUUAUUAUUUGUUACAUCUUUUGGUUAAUACAAUGUUUGGAUUCUCUAAGGAAUACAAACAUUUGGUGACCCCAA